ACGCAAACACACCAGCGCCCCCACAGCAAAAAUCACGCAAAAUGAGCGAACGCAAACAAAUAUUGUAUUCGGUUCAAUAAAUUGAUAGAAAUAUUAAUGAUGCGAAAGUGUUGCAUUAGUAUUAUGCAAACGGUGUGAAGAACCACAAUUAAGUGUCAGUUACUGAGUGGGUCGUUGUUGCCUCGUUUUGUUUGUGUGUGUGUGUGUUUGUUUGCGUGCGUGUGUGUGUGUGCGUGUGUGUGUGCCUGUGUAUCGCACAAAACAACACAAGAAAACUCUGCAACUGCAACUGCAACAGAACCGAAAUCUGAUAUAUUCCGUCUGUACACACAUACAUAUGCAUAAAUAUACACACUGCAAAAGAGAACGCACGUGGAACAAUAGCAGUCGCAGUCGCAGUUGCAGUCGAAGCGCUCAGACACCAGACAGAGACACAGGCACAGUCACAGUCACAGGCACAGGCACAGGCACAAACAAAAGCCAACGACAUUGGAUUGUGGCUUGUUCUGUGACCCACGACACUGGCAGACGCUGGACAUAAUCGUUCAAUGACAGCAGCCACAGUUGCUGCCACCGCCUCUGCCUCUGCCGCGGCGCCGUCGUCCUCAUCGUCGCCGUCCGCUGUAAGCAACGCGCGCAGUUAACGCACAGCAGCAGCAGCAGCAGCAGGAGACACUAUUUGAUCCGGUCUCAGCAGCGGACCAAUUGACAGCCAAGAAGUGCACUUCCUUGUUACGGAUACGGCUGUAGUUCAAGACUAUUUACAGACAACCAGCUAAAAGCCAAGCCACACGCCCAAGGCACCAAGCCAGCGAUAGAAAAACUAACAGCAACAGCAACAGUAACAGUAACAGCAACAGCAACAGCAACAGUAACAGAAACUGUAGACAAACCAGCAACAAUGGUGAAAACCUUUCAAGCCUACUUACCGUCCACAAAUCGGACCUACUCAUGUGUUCAUUGCCGUGCGCAUCUCGCUUCACACGACGAGCUCAUCUCGAAGUCGUUUCAGGGCAGCCAGGGGCCGGCAUAUCUUUUCAAUUCGGUGGUAAAUGUCGCUUGCGGCCAAACGGAGGAGCGUGUCCUGCUCACUGGACUCCAUGCGGUCGCUGAUAUCUACUGCGAGUGCUGCAAAACGCCGCUCGGCUGGAAAUAUGAGCAUGCGUAUGAGUCCAGUCAGAAAUACAAGGAGGGCAAGUUCAUCAUUGAGCUGGCGCACAUGAUCAAGGAGAAUGGCUGGGAUUGAAACUAAACGUCGACGAUGGGGCGCGCGUGAUGUGGCAUGUGGUGGGCUGGCAGUCCGGGCGGCUUGGGUAACGUUAAUAAUGCGGCAACAGCGAAAAGUUGAUGGCACAUGUGAAAAGGCUUGAAGCUAAAUGAAGCGAGCAAGCGAGUGCAAGUGCCAGAGAGAAUGAGACAGAUAGAGAGAGAGAGAGAGAGAGAGAGAGUGAGAGAGACGGAGAUAGACGACAGCGAGUGCCGGCGGUUUGAUCGGUCGAGUUAAGGCGCGAGUUCGAGUUUUAGGGUACCACAAUAUUUAUAUGCUAUUAUAUAGUACACAACUCGACGUAUCUUAUAGAACAAACAAAACACACACACAUACAUACACACACACACACACACAGCACUACCCACACACACUCUCUCAUACACACACACACACAGCCAAACACACACCUCCGAAAUGGCCGCUGCUUUACUGGGCUUGGAGAGAUCUCUGCGCUGGGCGCAACAGCAACUUGAGCUGGCGCCAUCUACCGGCCUAAGCGCCAACUACUACUGUAUUAUUUGUUUUGUUGCCGUUUCGUCGUGUCUUUCAUUUGUUUAUAUAUUCUUUUUUGUGUUUUUUUUUCUCAAAUAUUUGCAACUUUUAUUAAUAAAACUUUAAGCUCAAA